GUGACAUAAACAAGCACUAAACAAUCUGUUUUUUAAAUUCAGUGCAUGUGCUGAUUUCAGGAGGGAAAGACACACUUUGGGAGAUGAAAGAGAAGCUUAAUAAGGAUAUGCAAAGUGAUGCACCCUGGGUUGGAACCUGGAGGCCCCACCGACCGAGAGGGCCGAUAUCUGCUCUCUACGGCAGCCCCGGGCCAAAGUAUUCACUGCCUGGACUUACAGGUGCAUACAAACAUGAUCCCACCAAACCGAAAGCACAGAUGUUCUCUUUCGGACAACGUUUUUCGAACGAAAACAUUGACUGCUCUCCAGGACCAAAAUAUUUGAUUCAUUCCAACAUCACAAGACAUGGCCACAGUUGUGCACCUGCAUUUUCCAUGCACAGCCGUCCAGAAGAACGACAAAUGGUCAAGACCCCUGGACCAGGCCAGUACUACCCAGAGCAUUCAGAGAAAGUGAGAUUUCCUUCAGCUCCUGCAUAUUCUCUAACUGGGAGGCGCAAGCUGUACAGUAAUAAUGGCGUCCCAGGUCCAGGUACAUACCAGCUGCCCUCUGUCUUUGGGUCUAAAGCUGUAACCACACCUUCAGCACCCAGCUAUACAAUGACCAGUCGCCUUGAAACUGGGAGCUUCUAUAAGGACCGGCAGAAGACCCCAGGCCCAGCUGUCUAUGGAGCUGUGGACCCGUACAUUUCUAGGCAGAAACCUCCACAGUACAGCAUGACAGGCAGAUAUUUUGCUCCUCUUGACUCCACAAAGACACCGGGUCCAGGAGCAUACUAUCCUGAGCGUGUAAGCAGCAUUUCAGUUGGUCAGAAACUCCUUGAAUGUUCAACUUUUGUUCAUGUAUCAACAUUUCUUUCCAUUUUAGGUAAGCUUCACAAGCCCAACAGCUCCAAGCUUUACAUUUGGACUGCGCCAUUCUCAGCACAUCUUAACAAUUUCCCAAUAGAUGUUUUUAAUAAAUCUGCAAACUUCUUAAAACUACUGCCUUAAUCAUUAUUUAUUGCUCAUUUACUCUAAAGUCACAGCCUGGAUCAGUUUUGACAAUAAGUAAAAAUCCUGUUGUAAUAUGUUUCUUUUUGAAGCACAGAUCUUUUUAUCCUUUUAUUUUCCUGAUCAUCGAAUGAAAAAACUAGGGGUACUCAAGUUUCAGAUCUAUUUGCAUGUCUUAAAUCUAUUUUGCCAAUUAUAAGUAACUUAUGUAAUAUGAAUAAAUACAUGUUUCACUAAGUAGUGAGGGGGUAUACUGAAGAUAAAUUAUAAAUAAAUGUAUAAAUGAUAUGAUGUUCUAUUUGCAUGAUACGAUUAAAAUAAUUUAUCACCUAAAAUGGUCUCUCCACAUCGACACUAUCAAGAAAA